CUGCUUUCGUUUACGAACAGUUUGUUUGAAACUAAUGCGUCAUACCAUUGUUAACUGGCAAUGUUUAACUAACAUUAGGCAAAUUGAAAAAGCUGACUUCACCGUUAGUAGUAUUAAAUUGAUCUUGCUACACACACGGAGGCAAAAUGCUUUCUUUGCUCUCGAGUAUUCUCCUCAUAUUUUCUUUGAGUUGUGCUAAUGGGGCAUCACUACAAUGUUCCGUCACGGACGUAAAGAGUCUUCUGGAGGGAUGUGACAGGUUGACCGGUCUAAACGUGACCAGCGUGGGGGGAACCAUGGUCAAUGACCACAACUGCGACGUCUUGCUUCCAAAGCAGGUGUUCAUACAAGAACCCUUAUUCCAGUACGCGUUGGCUGAUUCGAAAAAGUUCUACACAAUAAUUCUAGUGGAUCCAGAUGCGCCACCACAAGUGGAAGGGGAGUUCUACUUGCAUUUGCUGAAGUCUAACAUUCCUGGGCUUGCCUUAAAAUCAAAGGACAGCAGCAAAACUUCAGGCAUUGAUUACCGAGGUUACAAGCCGCCAACGCCACCUCGCGGGACCGGUCCUCACCGCUACUUCGGCCUUCUCUUCGAGCAGGCGGAUGGAAACAACUUCUUGCCGACCGUGCCAUCGACGCGCUCUCGCUUCGUGCUAGCCAACUGGCUCCGAGGGAAGAACCUCUGUGGACCCGUCGCGGGCACUUUGUUCCGAUCGCAGUUUUAGAUGGCGCUAGUAGUAGAGUUUUAAGCUCAAUCUCUACAAAGUUCGAAGUAAUUUGAAAGUCGAUUAUAUUUUCUUAGCGAUGAAUUAGUAGGAGCGUACCUAAUUAUUGCAAAUGAACUUGCUUUAAGUAUGUAGUAAUUCAUUUGUGUUGAAUUUAGUAUCUGUCGUAUAAGGCUUUUACGCACCCCCCCAGGAAAGUUUUCCUAUAAGAUAAAGUAAGCAUCCUAACAGUCUAAAUCUAGCUCCAGAUUAUGUGUUACAACAUAAACGUAGUCGCAGGCAAGUGUACAAUUGAAAAUCUUGUGAACUUACGAGAGCAGGUAUCGAC